AUGUCCAUCUACACUAUUGCCGGACUCACCCCGGGCAGCUGGGUGGUAUUUGCCAUUACGCUUGUUUUCAUAACAAACCAACAUGAGAAGGUUACCGGACAACUCUUCUACAAUGCGUUCCUCCACCCUUUAUCUAAUGUCCCUGGACCGUUUCUGGCCAGAAUAUCGGGAUUGCCCUCUUGGUACUAUGCUAUGCGCGGUGAUCGACAUAUCUGGUUGUGGCAGCUUUUCCAAAUCUACGGUAAGAUGGCAGACGACAUGUCCGGCUUGAGGUUGACAGCUCCAGGACCCAAGAUCCGCAUAACCCCUAACACUGUCCUCUUCCGCGAUCCUGCAGCAUAUCGUGAUAUCUACAACCAAAAGGCGAAUGUGCAAAAAGCCCCCUUUUACAAAGCGUGGCAAAAAGACAAGGAUGAUGUCAACACUUUCACAACAAGAGAUAAGAAGGUGCACGCUAGGCGCCGUAAAAUGUUGAAUCAAUCGUUUACGGAGCCGUCUCUUCGGGCCUCGCAGCCGUUCAUAAUCAAGCAUGUCGAUCGCUGUGAUGAGUUAUUGGUUGCCGAAAAUGACGAUGGCCAGUGGUCUAAGCCAGUGAACUUUGCAGAUCUUUCAGAUACGCUUGUCUUCGACAUCAUGGGAGAUCUCUGCUUUGGAACCUCAUUUGAUAUUAAGGAACCAGGCGAGAACCCGUUCAAAUCUAUUCCGCAUGCGGUCGUACAAUAUAUGCAGUUCUUCUAUCCGCUGACACGCUCUCCUAUGCUCGAUCUGAUUCUUUGGCUCAAGCCACGCGGUCUCGACACUCUUUUCAAAACGAUUACUCCUCCCCAUAUCAAGAACUAUAUCCGCUUUGUGCAAAGUUGUGUUACCAAACGCCUCGCGCUGUAUCAAGAGCAGAAAGAGAAGGCCAUGAGCGACCAGCGACAGGAUAUGUUCUGGUUUCUGUGUGAUGCAAAAGAUGAGGCCGGCCGUCCUGCAUACAGCGAUAGCGAACUUUAUGCAGAAGCAAACAUGCUCAUUGUUGGUGGCACAGACACUACAUCUGUAACUUUGGCGGCCCUGAUGUUCUACAUCACUCGCGAUGCAACCAGGCUCCAUAAGCUUGUUCAUGAAAUUCGUUCCAAAUUCUUGUCACCAGAAGACAUUGUUUACGGACCGGAGCUGACAUCGUGUGUAUACCUUAGAGCUUGUAUUGACGAGUCUAUGCGUCUAAGUCCAAGUGGCCCUAGCGAGCUACCAAGACAGGUCCUCAAAGGUGGUGCGAUGAUCAAUGGGGACUUUUAUCCAGAAGGCACGAUUGUGGGCGCCUCUGGCUGGGCAACAGGGCACAAUGACGAGUUCUACGGCGAUUCUGAAGUUUUUAGACCAGAGCGGUGGACUCCCGAUGAAAGCACAGGCGUAACCCAGGAAUAUGUCAAUAUCCUUCGUGCCAACUUUCAUCCGUUUGCCCAAGGGCCUGGAUCCUGUCCUGGAAAAAAUAUACCUAUUCUAGAGCUGUCAAUAACAGUAGCUCGAACUCUGCACAUAUUGGAAGUUAGAAAGCCACCAACUGGUGAAAACAGCCUUGGGCAGGGCAUUCCAACUGCGGGAUGGGGAAAACGCAACCAGAACAUCUUCCAACUACAGGACUCUUAUAUCUCUGUGCGCAACGGCCCAAUAGUGCAAUUUAGGAGGAGGGUCACUUGA